GUUUUGAGCUAUUUCCACUCAGUUCUUCUGGCCCCUUCGGUGAGCACAACGCCCACGAGUGCGACGACGACGACGAAAGCACGACGAUGGACACCCACAUUGACGACCAGCAGCAGAAGGACUACCUCUCGCCUUUCUUUGACCUCGAAUCAUUGCAGAACGGUGGCGACCUUGGCAUAUUGUCGUCUUCAGUGAAUUCUCAACAGCCUCAGUUGAUGAUGGCGAGUGCAACUAUGCCCUCGCAGAUGGACAUGGAAAUGCUUGGGAACCUGAUGUCACUACAAGGGAUCAACAGUCCCAACGAUAUACCCCCCACGUCCCCCUCUCAGCCCCAUUUCAACACCAAUGCGGGUGCUACGAGUCCACAGCUACUCAUGGAGCAGCAGUUCAAGCUGGCUCAGCUUCAACAGCUGCAGCAACUACAAAACCAGAUCUUCCAGCAACAGAUUGCGCUUAUCAGUGGGCAGACGACGGGUAUACAUACAGACGCCCCUGUGCAAGAACCGAUCCGGGAACAGCAGCAACCCAAUCACUAUCAUCAUGGAUUACCGACUCCAGGUUCUUCCGCAGAGCUUCGUGCCCAACAACAGCCCAUAGAAUAUGUAUCGCCUAUGAUUCUAAAUUAUUUAGAGUCAUCCUCCCAGGAUACUUAUGGAGAUUCAGUCAUGACUCCCAUACCCAGCCAUUCUGUCUCCUCCCAGUUCAACGCCCCACGCGGAUCCACGUCUGCCCCUGCCCAUAUUGUUUUUCGAUCCAGCCCAUCUCAUCCCCCACACCACGGUGACAUUGACGUCGACAUAUCUCCUUUAACUAGCCCUUGGCUCGGUGCUGAACAGCAUCAUUCUAGCUUCUCUCAGCGUCAGUCUACUUCCAACAAGCGCACGGCUUCCUCGAGCGGUGACGAGUCGUCUUCGAAGCCAUCGCGAAAGAAGCAAUCCCCCGCCAUCCGGCCUUUCAGUUCUACCAUUAUGACCAAAAGAGCGACGAAUCCUCGAGGUUCACGUUCCACCAAUUCCACGCCUCUUCUCCGGUCCACACGAUCAAGAAAUGGUAGCAUUGUCAGCAACGAAGUCGUCGGGGAUUCUCCUUCGCCUGUAGAUUUGUCAAUGCCGCCUCCAGCUGCCCCCACGAUGAACCAAACAUCAAUAACUAAUAUGUCUGCAGAUAACCCCCCGCCAACCAUCACACCUGUGACUCCUGCGAGUAUCAUGAAUCUUGGCAGGCUUGGGGUGAAUUCUAGCAAUAAUACCCUUGCAAAAGAUAGUGCUGUCGACUUGAAGGGUAAAGCACCUUUAAAAACGCCGACCUCCGUAACAGCAGCAACACCUCAAAGGAGCAAAUCCAUGAAACGAGGGUCGGUAGGUUCAUCCCCUGCUCUGAAGCCUAUUCUACCCGCUGGUUCUACUUCAGGGCCUGCUUCAUCUUCCUCCGUGAAAAGUGCCGCUCCUGUUAUUCAGGUUCGUAAAACGUCACACAAGGCCGCUGAGCAGAAACGUCGAGACUCCCUGAAGACCACCUUUGAUGACCUGCGUGGCUUGCUGCCGCCGAUACCCCUUCCAUCAGACGACAAAUACCCACUAGACGAACCUUUGCUUCCAGGUGCCUUACCCCCGCGGGGACCUCCUAAAGCUGGUGGAGAAGGCCCCAAUAAGGGCGUGAGCAAGCUGCAAUUGCUAAUAUGUGGUAAUGACUUUAUCAGGCAGUUAAAAGGGCGAGUCGAGAGGAGGGAUGAGGAAAUUAGGCAUCUGAGGAGCGAAGUUGGAAGGUUGAGGGAUGUCCUUACGAACUCCACUGGCGGUGUGGGCAUUGUGGAAGAGGGAUGCGAGCCAGUGGAUUUGGAGCGGGACCUGGAUGAGAUUGAAGCAAUCAGCGCGGGGUUGGCCAGAGGUGCAUCUGUUGGCGCUGAUGAUGAGGCGGACGAGGACGAAGAUUAAUCUUAUUGUUAAUACAGUGUACGAGUGAUGGAGCGUUGCCGAGAAGAUUGUAUAUUCUUGCUGGCUAUGUUAUUAUUAUCAGUUAUGUGUUUAUGGGAAG